AUGUCAGACAUGGAGGAGGUCUUGGAGAGGCAAGAGCGAGAAAUAAGAGAAAAAACGUGUAGACGAGCUGCAAGCAAAAGAGCGCAGAGAGAUCUAGAUCAGCAACUUGUCAUGGUUGUGGCCAUGCUUGAUGAAGAAAACCAGAACAGUCGUGGUUCACAUGAAGGCCGUGCCCCAAAUGUUGACAGACAUAGGCAUUUUCGGGGUAAGAAUCUUAUGGAAGAUUAUUUUAUCCCAACAUCUCUGUACUAUGAUGUUCAUUUUCGAGGGAGGUAUAGAAUGCCACAACAUUUGUUCAAUAAAAUCAUGCAUGAUAUUUGCAAUUAUGAUGAAUACUUUGUUCAAAAGAGAAAUUGUGUUGGUGUUUUGGGACUGCUUCUCGAACAAAAGUUCAUAGCUGUUAUACGAAUGUUGGCGUAUGAUGCAUUUGCUGAUCAGGUGGAUGAGAUUGCCCGGAUGGGGAAGUCCACUGCCUUGGAGAGUUUGGUUAGAUUUUUUGAUGCAGUUGAAACUCUGUACACCAUGGACUACCUGCGCCGACUCACGCACAGGGACCUGCAACGACUUCUGCAAAAAGCCAAACAGAGAAGAUUUCCAGGAAUGAUUGGUAGCAUCGACUGCAUGCACUGGCAAUGGAAGAAUUGCCCAACUGUUUGGCAGGGUGAUUACGGAAAUCAGAAAUGCCAAAAAAGCAUCAUCCUUGAAACCGUUGCAGGUUUUGAUACAUGGGUUUGGCACUCCUUUUUCGAAGUUGCUGGAUCUCAAAAUGACUUGAACGUCCUAGGUCAAUCCCCGGUGUUUAAUGAUGUUUUGAGAGGAGAAGCCCUGAAAAUCACAUAUGAAGUCAAUAAUACCGUCUACCAAACUGAGUAUUAUCUAGCUGACGGGAUCUACCCGAGAAAGGAUGUGGAGAGGUGCUUUGGUAUCCUCCAAGCUCAGUGGGCGAUCAUUAAGGGUGCGACGCGUAUGUUUGAUGAGGAGGUGUUGAGGAGCAUAAUGAUGUCAUGCAUCAUCCUUCAUAACAUGAUUGUGGAGGAUGAGUAUGAUUACAAAGUUGAAGAGGUGUACGAACCCGAUCCCAUGAGCACGGCCUUGACCCGAAUUUAUGAAAAACCAAUAGGGCCAAAUGGAGGACCAGUGGAGCAUGAACCGUUGGUUAGAGAUGGUCUUUUCAUGAACCGUAUGAUUGAUCGAUAUAGGGAGAUGCAAUCUUCGUAUAUUCAUGAACGCCGUCAAGUUGACUUAAUGGAGCAUUUAUGGGCGGUGAAAGGAAAUGACGGUGAAUGA